GUCGAAAAGCACCUUAUAGGAAGAGGAUGAAGGCAACAGUAGCGGCGCUUCUCCUGCUCGGCCUCGCAGCCUUGGCCGACGCGCAGCUCGACUGGUGGCAGAAGUCCGUCAUCUAUCAGGUCUACCCAAGGUCCUUCAAGGACGGAGGCACCGAUGGAAUCGGCGAUAUUCCAGGAAUAAUCGAGAAGCUGGACCACUUCGUUGAGACAGGAAUCGGCGGCGUGUGGUUGUCGCCGGUGUUCAAGUCGCCGAUGAAGGAUUUCGGCUACGACGUCUCUGACUUCAGGGACAUCGACCCGAUUUUCGGCACCAUGGCUGACUUUGACGCCCUCGUCCUAGGCUGCAGAGCCCGAGGACUUAAAUUGAUUCUGGAUUUUGUGCCAAACCACUCGAGCGACGAGCACGACUGGUUCAUUCGCUCCAAGGCCAGGGAAGAUCCGUACACCGACUACUACACCUGGAAGGACCCGGUGGGAGUCAACGCUUCUGGAUCGCCCAUUCCUCCCAACAAUUGGCUCAGCAAUUUUGGCGGUCCAGCCUGGACAUGGGUUGAGGAGAGGCAACAGUUCUACCUGCACCAGUUCCACGCUGGCCAGCCCGAUUUGAACUACCGCAACCCCCUGGUCGUGGAGGAAAUGAACGACAUUUUGCGCUUCUGGCUGGACAAGGGCGCCGACGGCUUCCGAUUGGACGCCGUGCCCCAUUUGAUGGAGGACCAAACCUUCCCCGACGAGCCCCCAAGCAACGACCCCAGCUACGGCCCCGACCAGUGGGGCUCCCUCUUGCACAUUUACACCAAGGACCAGCCCGAGCUGUACAGCCUCAUCUACGGAUUCAGAGAUGUCGUCGACCAGAAGCAGGGUGAAUUGGGACGUUCCUUAGUCAUGAUGGUUGAGGCCUACACGAACAUCACCAACACCAUGUUGUACUAUGGCAAUGGCACGCACGUCGGCGCCCACUUCCCUUUCAAUUUCGAGCUGAUCAACAACCUGAACAACAACACUGACGCUGCUGGCCUGCGCAACGUGAUCAGCAACUGGUUCAACUACCUGCCCAGCGGCGCCUGGUCCAACUGGGUGGUGGGCAACCACGACCAGCCGCGCGUGGCCGGUCGGUUCGGCAACGAAUUCGGCCUGUCGGCAAUCAUCCUGAGCCAGCUCCUUCCCGGCACAGGCGUCACCUACAACGGCGAGGAGAUCAACAUGGAGAACACUUUCAUCUCUUGGGAGGACACCGUGGACCCUUCAGGGUGCCAAGCCGGCCCCGACGAGUACUGGCGCUUCUCCAGAGACCCUGAGCGCACGCCGUUCCAGUGGAGCGCCGACAGCAUGGCCGGAUUCACCGCGGGCAGCACCACGUGGCUGCCCAUCAACGAGAAUUACGUCACGCUGAACCUGGAGGCGCAGAAGGCGGCCGCCGUCAGCCCUUACAAGGUUUACCAGAAGCUGACUGCAGCCAGGAGGGACAUCAUCGCGGUUCAGACUGGAGAGUUCAAGAUGCUCACCCUCAACAGCAAUGUCUUUGCUUUUGUCAGGGAGGUUCCUUCUGGAAAUCCAAGCGUGUUGGUGUUGGUCAACAUGGAUAAUUUCACUCAGGUUGUUGAUGCUAACCCUGGCAGUACGUUGCCGGCCAUCGGUACCUACUACACCGGCAGCUUGGAAUCCGUUUACGUGGAAAAUGAGGAGAUCUCUCUGUCCAGCGUGAACCUGUCUGCUCGCGGAGCCGCUGUUAUCAUCUACGACGCCUUGGCUUAAUUCUCAGAAACUGUGCUAAAUAAAUUUAAGGAUUUAAUCAAAUA